AAAUAAUCUCCGUAAAGAUGGACCGUACCAGCAAUCGACGUGGAGCGUCCUACUUUCACUUCAUAGCGUUUUAGAACUUGGAAGAGGUUGCAAAGGUGUGGGUGGGAUUGUUGGGCGCAGAAUACGCACUUUAACAGAGAUGUCCAUGAACAUGGUGCAUAUCCGCCUGUCGAUGGAAAUGAAGGCACGGGAUUAG